AUGAUUCAAGAGCAGCUUCUUAGCCAAGAGGACGCAACCAAAAAAAGCGUGGCAGAGAUCCCACAGCCACGGAUGGCGGAGCAGAAAAGCAUGAGGAGAGAUACGAUCCACUCGUAUGCGAACAAUUCGCCGAUUUUCACGUCGAACGCCUUUGAACAUAGCCCAAGCUCCCCGUUGCCCACGUAUCAGCCCGUGAAGCACUCACCGCGGGUCCCAAACAAGAGCGGUCGGAGAACUUCGCGUUUGCACGGCAGCACGACAGACUGGCAGCGGUUUAUCCCUCCGCUUGGCCCCGGGAAGGCCAGAUUGAGUGUGGGCAACCAGAGGGCGGUCAGUACGCCCCUUCAGGAGUCGGCGGAUACGAACAGGCCGUUGGAAAAUGUAGCAUUUGGAGAAAAGCAGCGUAGAGAUGCCGGGAUGCGUCCGCGGGAGACGUUCAGCGAGCCUGUGGGACGGUCUGGGCCGCGGGAACAGGUGCCAACUCCGCGGGCAGUACCGGCGGAACAGGGUUGGGGAGGAGAGAAACAACGGUGGACAAGUGGCGGGAGAAAGGAGGCACUAAAGAAAGUGAAUACUUCAGGAAAGGAGGGAGUACCAAAUAAGAUGGAAACACUAAAUAAAGAGGAAGCACAGAAGAAAAUGAGUACUCCAAGAAACAUGGAAACACUAAAUAAAGCGAAUACACUAAAUAAAGUGAGUACUCCAGGAAAUAUGGUGCUAAAUAAAGCAAAUACUCCAAACAAAGUGGGCAGUUCAGCCACAGAGGACAGCUCAAGCUCGGACAAGAAAAGCAGCUUGCACCACAAGAGAGCUCCGAAGUACUGCUAUGCGUGCGGAAAGCAGAUAGUGGGGACCUUGGUGAAGGCAAUGGGCCGGAAGUACCACGUGGGCUGCUUCAAGUGCUACGACUGCGGGAAGUUGUGUUCUGACAAGUUUUUUGCAGAGGACGUGGAGGUUGGAGAAAAGGGAGAAGUGAAAGGAGAAGUGAAAGGAGAAGUGAAAGGAGAAGUGAAAGGAGAAGUGAAAGGAGAAGUGAAAGGAGAAGUGAAAGGAGAAGAAAAAAGACAAGAACAAAAACUAGAAAAAAGACAGAAGAAUACCAUCCAGGUCCCCCUCUGUGAGUACGACUACUUCAGGCGCAUUAACCUGAUAUGCUACAACUGCAACCGGGCGAUAAGAGGGUCGUACAUCACGGCAAUAGGCCGGAAGUACCACCCGGAGCACUUCUACUGCGAGGUUUGCCAUCGGGUGUUCGAGACUGAGGACUACUACGAACACGGCGGCCGUAUAUACUGCCACUACCACUACUCGCUGCUGUACGCGUCCCACUGCGAGGCAUGCAAGUCGGCGAUCUUGAAGCAGUACGUGGAGAUGCACCGGGGAGGCAGCGAGCAGCAGUGGCACCCGGAGUGUUUCAUGAUUCACAAGUUCUGGGGGGUGGAUGUGACCGUUGACUGCACGGGGGAGGUGCAAGGUGUGGCGGAGAGUGGUGCUGGUGGUGGCAGCAACAGUGAGGGGGAGAAGACAGACACUCCUACACCACAGGCACUCCUGGCGAUGGAGGCAGCACUUGAGAAGAUGACCAUCUCGAUCUGGGUGACGCUCUCGGAGUUCGAGGAGGCGUGUGCAACGUGCAUCUCGGACAUGCUUCACGCGGCAACAGUCAGCAACAAGUCUCAGGGGCUGGUUGCGUCGGGCAGGCUCGUUUUGAAGAUCGAGUGCCUGUUCAAGGGCAUCGACACGUUGAACGAGUACGCUCGGACGAACGGGUUGCACAUCGACUACAAGAAGGACAGAUACUGCAAGAUGUCGGCCCUCACGAAGGAGCCCCGCAGCUUGUCGUCGAAGCUGAUGUCGUAUCUAACGUUUCUCCGGGACAGCAGCCAGCGGAGCGUGUCGCAGUCGAAAGACUCGCGGGAGUUGCUCUCGAUGAUCUCGAUGCUGGCCCACUACAUCAAGCUAAUCUCCCGCAACACGCUCAUGCACUCCUUGGAGUACAACCGGCUCACUGGCACCACUGGGGCCACCGACCGGUACCUGGGGGCGAUUUCCGCCCACCGCGGGUGUCCUGACGACAUUUUCGCCGUGCUCCGCGUGCCUUACCGGGCCACCGGCGCGUGCCAGGCCUGCCAGAAGAGCAUCGAGGCCCGUUGCUUCCGGUUCGGCGGCCUGCGAUGGCACCCGGCCUGCCUCCGGUGUGCCCGGUGCGGUCUGCAGCUUGAUGCCGGGCCUGGCAGCCCCCUGGUGAGCGAAAUUUCCUACAAUGCCUCCACCCAGGCCGUUUUGUGCGAGGACUGCGGCUCAGACGACCCGGAUGCUCACUACGGGUUCGCCGAGGUCUCAUCCUACCAGCAGCUAAUCUAUCUCUUGCAGAUUGCCCUGGUACGGUCCGAGCACGCCAUGGCCAAGCGGGGGUUGAUCUCCCAGGCCACAGAUGGCCGCCGGUUGCAGCAGGACGACCGGUACUCGCAGCAGGUGCUGGACAUCACGCGGAUGCGGUCCCUGAGACAGAACCGCAAGGUAGGCAGUGCUGCUGGCGAGCUGCGGCGGUCGGUCAUUGUCGAGGCGCCGGAGGCCUCGACGGCGGGGACCGAGGAGGGGGAGGGAUCAAAUGAAAAUGAAUCGAAGGAUGGAUUGAAGGAUGGAUUGAAGGAGGAAUUAGGAGAUGGAUCGAAAGAUGGAUUAGGAGAUGGAUUAGGAGAUGGAUUAAAGGAUAAAUUAAAGGACGGCUUAAAUGAAAAUAAAUUACUCCACACCUCUGUCCCAUCCACCAAAUAUACACCCUCCUCAAGAAGAUCAUCCAAGUUCCUUCACAAAAACCGCAGUCUAGGCCGCCGCGGCUCAAAGAGAUUGACUAUCGAAGACGUCCCAAUGGAGUCCACCCCUUCCAAUGUCAACCUAGACGCCACCUCCAACUUGUUGAAGAACGAAAAGGGCCUCACCUUGGACGAUAUUCCUCGCAUCGUCUCCUCAGAGCAGGCCAGGGAGUACCGGCCGAACGCCUUCCGCUUCCAGAAACGCAACUAUGAGACUGCCACGUCCACGUUGCCCGUCCCAAAGCCUGUCCGGAAGCGUCUAAGCAAGAGCCUGAAGGCGGCAAGUUCUGGUGCAGAGGUGGCCAAGGCACCUGCGGGAAACCGGGCGAACCUGCAGAGCACGAGGCACGAGAAAUCCGCCUCCGCCUCCGCGUCCGACGCUGAUCGACGCGUCGAGCUCGAGGACUCCGUUCUGGGUACCGCCGAGAAAUCUGCUGCUGCGGCCUCCCCUGACAUCCAGGCUGGCACACCCUUGCACCAGACACCCAAACGGUUCUCGGAGCUGUCUCCUUUGCAGUACGAGCAGCUGAGACAUGUUGCAGCGUUUGCAUUGCACAUUCUUCUGAGUGACCAGCUCACGCUUGAGGACUGUGUUUCGUUCAUUGACGUGCAGCGGACGCCCUCGUUCUGGGGCAAGCUCUUUGGUGGAAACAAGAAGAAUGCAUACACAAACGUGCACAAGAUCUUCGGAGAGCCUCUCGAGGCCGUUUCUGCCAAGUAUGGCGUCGACAGCGAUCUCGGUGUCGGUCCGGAGAAACUCCGCAUUCCUACACUUGUUGACGAGAUUAUCAAUGCCAUGAGGACCAAGGAUCUCAGUGCGGAGGGUGUUUUCCGAUUAAACGGCAACAUCCGGCGCUUGAAGAAGCUGAUGGGCGAGAUUGAUGCCCACCCAAACACCGUCCCGGAUCUGUACAGCGAAAACCAGAUUCAGCUAGCUGCUUUGCUCAAGAAGUUUGCGCGUGGUCUCCCGGACCCUUUGCUUACUUUCAAGCUCUACGAUUUGUUCAUCCUCUCGCAGAAGUAUGCCGAUGAGCCCGAGAAACGCGACCGGAUCCUCAAGUUGGCCUAUGCGAUGCUCCCGAAAGUGCACAGAGACUUGACCGAGGUGUUGCUUGCAUUUUUGAACUGGGUCGCCACCUUCUGCCACAUCGAUGAGGAGACCGGAUCCAAGAUGGACAUCCACAACUUGGCAACAGUCCUCACUCCAAACAUUCUAUACUCGAAGCCAAAGAAUACCGCUAAGAUGCCUGACUCCACCGAACUGAUUCCUAACGGAGAAAACCACUUCUUGGCCAUCGAAGUUGUUAACACCAUGAUCGAAAAGCAUGAUGAUCUUAGUGUCAUACCACCCGAUCUCUUGACUUUGUACAGAGGUGCCGGGCUUGCGGAUCCUUCCAAAAAGAACAAGCUUAGCACGAAAGAAAUCAUGAUUAUGUGCAAGCAGGCAUACGAGAACAACCCGGAGUUGCUUCAAAGAUGGGUCGAAUGA